AUGAUUUCAGAAGCGAUAGUCUGUUUGCUUACUUUUCUAUUAUUAUACGUAAUAUAUGAGUAUAAGAAGAUUCAUUAUAAUUUCAAGAAACAUGGUAUUAAGUACAAACCCGGUUACCCAAUAUUUGGUAAUACCUUCAACAGUACCUUUCUUUUCAAACAUCUUAUCGAGGAUAUUGAUGCAGUAUAUACGGCGUUCCCCGAGGAAAGAUAUGUUGGUUUUAUAGAAGGUAUGAAGCCCGUAAUACUGGUUAGGGAUCCUGAGCUCAUGAAGACCAUAACAAUUAGGGACUUCCAUUACUUUGUGAAUCGCAAAGAAAUGUUUCCGAAAGAGAUCGAGCCUUUACUGGGCUCUAGUCUUUUGAAUAUGGAAGGGGACGAUUGGCGAAAGAUGCGUAAUCGUCUCAGUAGUGCGUUCAGUGGCUCCAAAAUGAAAUCAAUGCUGCCGUUUAUGGUGGAAGUUAGCAAAAAUAUUAUAGAAUAUAUAAAGGGGCACCAAUCUGAAGACAUGGACGUAUUGGACCUUAUGCGCCGCUAUAACACAGACGUUGUGGCUUCCACUGGUUUUGGUCUCCACGUCAACUCCAUCAGAGACAGAGACAACAAGUUCUUUACUAUCGGUCAAAGAGCAGCAACCUUCACAUUUUGGAGACGAAUGUACUAUUUCAUAACGAUACAGUUUCCAGCUGUGGCUAAAAUUAUGCAAUUUUUAGGUAUCGAACUUCUUUCAUCUGAAGGCACCGAGUUCUUCAGAAAUAUUGUUUCCGAUACAAUAGCUUAUAGGAAAACUAAUAAUGUAGUAAGGCCCGAUUUAAUUCAUUUACUAAUGGAGGCCGCCCAGGAUUUAACUUUAGAUGAAAUUACUGGUCAAAUAUACUUCGCUUUUCUGGCUAGUUAUGAGUCUAGUACAAGUACUUUGAUGAUGUGCAUCCACGAACUAGCACUUCGCCCAGACAUAGCAGAAAAAAUAUACCAGGAAAUCAGGACUAAGCAGGAGAAAUUUGGAGAGUUGAAUUAUGAAUGUAUCAUUGAAUUGAAAUAUAUGGAAUGUGUUUUAAAUGAGGCCGCGAGGAAAUGGUCUGUGGCUGUAGUCAUGGACAGAGUUUGUACUGAGAAUUACGUAUUACCUCCUCCUAGAGAGGAUGGUAAACCCUAUUGGGUUCAACCAGGAGAUGUGGUGUAUAAUGUGGUGAACUCUAUUCACAUGGACCAGGCUUUCCACCCAUCACCAGAAACCUUCGACCCUGAUAGAUUUUGUGACGAAAAUAAAUACAAUGUUAACUCUUUUACCCACAUGCCUUUUGGAAUGGGACCCAGGAAUUGUCUUGGAAUGAGAUACGCGAUGCUUAAAAUGAAAGUGCUGCUGUACCAUUUAAUACUGAACUACAAGAUACUUCGAUGUAAGAAGACCUCCGAUCCUCUUCGUUUGCAGCCUCUGGACUUCAGUGUUAGAGCUAUUGGAAACACCUAUGUACAGUUCCAGAGAAGACCAUGAC